AUGUGGAAACAAAAGCAUGUAAUUUUGAAGAAAGAAGACAUAGUCAAACAACUUACUGAAGUCGAUACAGCCCUUCAAAGGUAUUGCAAUGAAAAUUCGAAAAUCCGAACAGUUAUUUAUAGUGAAGAUGAAUAUGUGAUUAAAUAUCAUCUUCCAGGAAUCAAGCGAAAAGAUGUGGAAGUGCGCAGUAUGUAUCGCCUUCUAUACAUUCAUGUUGCAAAACCAGAUCCUGAACAAACUCUUGUAGAUGUUGUAUCAUUACCUGAUUUUCUAAAUUUUACCGACGCCUAUUGGAAUUUGGAGGGUGAUUUUUUAACUAUAACAGUCCCAUAUAAGAUGAAGUUUGGUGAAACGACGGAGAAAAUGUGUGAAUCUGUUAGUGAAAUAAUGAAUAACGUUGUCGAAUAUUACUCUUUUGCCAUUUAUAGCUGGAUGUUGCGU